AUGAAGGUGCUUUCACGCGUUUGCUUUGGUCCCGAUAUUGCCACCAGCUUCCUUGGAUUCACACCCGUCUAUGGCAAGCUUGUGGCUACCACGAGCAACUUCCCCGAUUUGCUACCGAGUGAUGGGCGGGUAGUGGGUGCUGUCUUCAAGGCACUUCUCCUUAUUCCCAAGUUGAUGGCUACGUCGUACCAUCUGUAUGAGCUUACGAGCGAAGAGGCUGGUGCGACGCAAUCUGCAGCUAUCGUGGGCGAGGUAGCGUGUCUCACCGGGGCUGUAGUUACAGUCUCGUAUGCGGCUGCAGUGAAUGAUGAGGAGCUGGCAAGCCGACAGGUUCCGAUCGGGGUUAUGACGCUAUGUGUUGAUCUUCGGUCUGGUUUACUGGUUGCCGAAUCAAUGAUCCAUUGA